UCUUCUUCUUCUUCUUCUUCUUCGUUUUCUCUCUCAUCGGCGGCAGAGUUAUCGGAAGAGAAAAGAUCGGCGGAAUGAUCGAGCCGUUAGAGUGGAUGUGUCCAAUCUCGGAAAAACUGCAUGAUUCCGCCUCAGCUUAUCGCCAAACUCUGAUCUGAUCCCCUCCGAUCGAUUUAAGCUCUCCCCUUCUGCUCCUUUCUUCUUCGAUUCUUUCCUCUGGGUGAGAAUCCACUCCCUCCGCAGCUCUUCAAUGUCUCCUCCUUCGAACAUUCCUCGGUGAUUGUCGGACGGUUUAGGGUUUGGGAAACAAGCUUGCCUGGGGGAGCCCGCGUCGGAGUUUCUUUGGGAUUUCCCUCACAUUUUGGAGAUUUGGGAAUUUGGGGAUUUAGCGGCCUGCCCUUGAAUUCCGUUGUGAUUGCCUAGGGAUUUGGAGGAUUUGGGGAUUUAGGGUUCGUCCCUGUUCCUCUUCCUUCUCUUUCCAUUUUCCUUGUACAGUGUCUGUAGCCCCUUUUCUUCUUCUUCUUUAUUUGUUUUGCAUUAGAAAGUCGGGUCUUUUAAUCAAUCGCCAUUGAUUAAAGGGCCGACGACUCAGAGGUGAAGAAAAUGGCACCUGUCUGUGAUUGAAUUAAUAAAAACCAAUGUACAAUUAGGCUUGUAAAUUUCGAUAUUGCAACCGCGAGAGUACCCUGGGCUCUUCUUCGACCUGGGAAAGAGGAUCUCGGAGAUGGCUCUUGCUGGUGUUGCGCUCGGUCCUGCCCUUGAUGAUUCGAUACAUUUCCCUGGUCAUUGCUGUAGCCCCGGCGAGUCGAUUCUGAUAUACCUGACUGUUGCGGGCUCUGUGAUCCCGAUGCGGGUCUUGGAGUCCGACUCCAUAGCUUCUGUCAAGCUUCGGAUCCAGACAUGCAAAGGGUUCGUGGUGAAGAAGCAGAAGCUUGUUUUUGCAGGCAGGGAAUUAGCCCGACAAGACUCGCUCGUUAAGGACUAUGGUGUGACCGGUGGGAACGUCCUCCAUUUGGUUCUCAAGCUGUCAGAUCUUUUAAUCAUUGUUGUUAAGACCGUUGGUGGCAAGGAAUUCGAGUUUCAUGUGGACCGUCAUCGCAAUGUGGCUUAUCUCAAGCAACGGAUCGCAAGAAAGGGGAAGGGCUUUGUUGAUCUGGAGAGCCAAGAGCUCUUCUGUAAUGGAGAGAAGCUCGAGGAUCAGAGGGUUAUCCAUGACAUCUGCAAGAAUGAGGAUGCCGUGAUCCAUUUGCUGGUCCAGAAGUCGGCCAAAGUCAGGGCUAAGCCCAUUGAGAAGAACUUUGAACUCUCAGUCGAGGCGGCAGAGUCAGAUGAUGGUGCCAUUGGAAAUGUUGGGAAUAAACCAGCCAAGGAGCUUCAAGUUGUUGCAAGGGACGCCCUCCACAGAGAUGUUCUGCUUGAGCCUAUAAUCGUGAACCCGGGGGUCAGAUUCCCUUCAGCAGUUUGGGAUAUGAUCAACUCGAGCAUCCAGGGUUUGGAGACAGGAAACUCGCCGAUCAGGUCCACUGAGGGGACUGGAGGGGCCUACUUCAUGCAGGACGCAUCCGGCCAGAAGUACAUCUCUGUCUUCAAGCCCAUCGAUGAGGAGCCCAAUGCCGUCAACAAUCCACAGGGACUUCCUGUUUCAUUGGAUGGCGAGGGUCUGAAGAGAGGAACAAGGAUCGGAGAAGGAGCUCUGAGAGAAGUCGCGGCUUAUCUACUGGAUCACCCAAGGACUGGGCCCCGGCAUAUGUCUGGUGAAGUUAUGGGCUUUGCCGGCGUGCCUCCAACUGUCAUGGUCCAGUGCCUGCAUAAGGGGUUUAAUCAUCCCAACGGGUUUGAGGGAACAUUUAAGAAUGUUAAGGUUGGAUCAUUGCAGAUGUUCAUGAAGAACUUUGGGAGCUGCGAGGACAUGGGUCCGCAAGCGUUCCCUGUGGAGGAGGUCCAUAAGAUCAGCGUGUUCGAUAUCAGAAUGGCCAAUGCUGAUAGGCACUCGGGAAAUAUCCUCAUUAACAAGGGGGAAGAACAGGGUCAAAUUCAGCUUGUGCCUAUCGAUCACGGCUACUGCCUUCCUGAGAAUUUUGAAGAUUGCACGUUUGAUUGGCUCUAUUGGCCGCAAGCCCGUCAGCCUUUCUCUCCUGACACUGUGGACUACAUAAGAUCCCUUGAUGCCAAGCAGGACAUUGCAAUGCUGAACUUCUAUGGGUGGGAUGUCCCCAUCGAGUGUGCCCGAACUCUCCGAAUCUCCACUAUGCUUCUCAAGAAAGGGGUUGAGAGAGGCCUUACCCCAUUCGUGAUUGGGAGUAUCAUGUGCCGGGAGACCAUACACAAGGAAUCGGUGAUCGAGGGGAUCAUUAAGGAAGCCAAGGAAUCUCUGCUCCCUGGAGCAAGUGAAGAAGUGUUUCUUGAAGCUGUCUCCGCAAUCAUGGAUUCUCGUCUUGACGAGCUUGUGAAUUAAUGUACGUGGCAUACUCUGUUCUCAGCUACCAUAGGUAUAUAAACAGUAUCUAACAAGUUGAGAUUCGGUCAGCGCUGUCAUUUCAUCUUGAGAUGGAGGGCAAGUUAUGUUAUGCCAGAAGGGUGGAUGCUUUCUCAUAAUUCUUUGUUUGUUCGUGGGGAUUGCCGGAAACCCUUCUUGUUUGUUCGGGCUUCGCUUCUGUUACCUGUGCAAUGUAUGUGGUGAUGUUGGAACAGAGGCUUGAGGCUAUCAAUAAUAUGGUUGUUAUUUUGCUUUUA